UUUACUACUUCUUCUAUCUUGGAAAUUUCAGCCGUCAUCUUUCUUUACUGGAGCACAAAGCUCCAUCAAUAUUUGGAACAGAGAAAUCUUUGUUUCUCUUCUUUCUAUUGUUAUUUGUCACGUUCUGGGCCUUUAGAAACUUUAAGCAUUUGCAUAAUAAUCCUUUAAGAAUUAGAAUUAUUAGUGAACUCCUUUUAUUAGUCUUCUUUAUAUUCACUAGGAUAUUGUAAGAAAGGUCUGAAAAUUUGAAUUUUUAUCUUUAAUUUUCUUUCUCUUUCUUUCAUUUUUCUUUCCUGUUUUAAUGGCGAAUCCACCGUGCAAUUCUCUACAAUUGAUAUCAUAGCCAAUAUUUCUCGAACCCGAUUCCGCAUUGCCUAUUCACUAUUACUCCCACUCGCAAAAUUCCUACGAACGAGCAGACCCAUUUCUUCCACGCUUAAGUUCCGAGCAGCUUUCAUGGAGUUACCAAAAUCAGUAUUUCUAUAUCCAUUCACAUGUUUCAUAUAAUCCAUACGAGGUUCAUGAUGGUGAGACUGAGCAACAUAUUUCAACUGAACCUAGCCUAAUCAGCAAUGAACAGUCUAUCUUCGAUGAAAUUCUCUCGUUGGUGCGAGAGAACAUUCGCCGGUCAGAGCAGUUUCAGAGUGAGUGUGAAGCCUAUCUAAAAUGGACUGCCGCUUCUCUAGAUUACCCUAAUAUCAAUUUUAAUGGAGGUUCCCCAGCUUCGGCGGCUUUGACGGAGUCUACUUGCUUGCUCAAAGCGAGCACUAAUGAACUAGACACCAAGAUGACAUUGAUCUCAAUUCUAACAAUGGUCAUUUGGAGGCCAAGAAUUUUGUUCUUGGGAAUGAAAUGUCAGGGGAUGAUUAUCAAUAUCUCAAUCCUUCAUUUAUCUUCGAAAUUGUGGAUUCCGAAAAACAUGAAGAUGAGAAAAACUUUGAAAGUAGGGGAGAUGUCUCUAUUAAGUUUGUCGGCAUCAACGAAAUAGGGGAUAAUUUUGGAGCCAUUUCGUCAGAUUCCAAUGGAAGCUCCUCUGUCUUUGAUGAAAUUGAGGAUAACAUUGCAACUAACAAUAGUUAUGAUUUUUGAGAUAAUGAGGUUGUAGUGGAAGAUGAUAAAAAAGAGGAGGAGUAAUUGAAGUAAAUUUGGAGAAAUUGGAGGGUAUUUGGUCCCUGUUGCAGAGUAAUUGUAUUGUUCAUAGAUCUAGACAGUCUAGUCGGGAGGAAAUCAUGUUGUAUUUUAAGUGAGGAGCUUGUGAGAGUGCUGGAGACACCCUAUGUUCCCAGGGUAAUUUCCUUAUUCAAAUGAAUUUUGACGAAACCCUAGUUUUCAUGGACGAGGAGAGCAAUAGAGUAGUUGGUUACCGUAAUUUGUAUGGAAUGUGGGGAUGCUUAUGCUUUUUGGAAUUUGGUGGAGGAUAAUGAGAUCUUAAGUAUUCAGAGAUUUUCAAUGAAUUGAUUGCUCUGUUUUCAAGAUUGCCUCUUUGUAGGCGUUCAACUUAUGACCGGGCUUCUACUUUUCUCGAGAAGAUGCUAAGUGAUGAUAUGUUUCCAGUUGCUGAGAAAAUAGGAAAGAUUAGUUCUCCUUUGCGCAAGGGAAAUAAAUCUAGAGAUGUACACUUGGUUUACUUCAUAGGAAAAGUGAAAAAUAUUGUUCUCCUUGUACCAUCCUUGUCAGUCAAACUCAAGCGCAUCUUCAGUUUAUAUCCAACUAAUGUUCAUUUUGAAUUGCCUAUUGUGUUAUAUAAGGAAGUCCCCCUCCUUACUUCGUGUUCUCUUAAUGGCCCUAGGAAAGCUUUGUGCACUAAUGUCAAGUUUGUUCAGGAAAAAUUAAUGUUAGUGCCAUCAAAGGUCUUAAGCGGUGGUAUGCAACAAGUUGGGUUUCUAUUAUAGAAUGUGUUACAGAGUGGAUCUCUAUAAUGGAAAAUGGAAGACUAAAGGCACUUAAUUGUUUUCAGAAGAAUGCUCAUGCAAGAGAAGAAAUGGGGUUACCGGAAAGUUGCACAUUCUUGGAAGUUACUCAUGUAACUGUAGGGAUUGUUGCAAAAAGUGUAUCACUUCCUAUCGAGCAAUAGGGUGGAAGAGCUCUCCUUCUAUCAGCCUUGGUUUAUGAAAUUCUUGAGGUACAUAGAUUGCCUUUACUAUUAAGGUUUUUUGAUUGGAUUUUAACUGAGGUGAUUAGAUACUCACAAUAUCUGUUCAGUUGUACUGAGAGCCCUUCAUACUUGAUGGUUUAUACAAGUCUAGCAAACUUGUGCUCCACUCCUGGACUCUGUUCUUUUUCUGGUGGAUCAAUAUUAUUGUCAACCAUAUUUUAUUUGAAGGAAUGUCUAUGGAGGGAGAGUUAACUUUUGUUCUCUGGUGCAUUUCAAACUAUUUGUACCUUGAGGGUAAAGUGUGUAUGUUAUUUGAUAGUGCAAGUAAACCUAGCUUGGUGACGGUUCUGUUAUUUUUCCAGCCAGUUAUUGGUGAUCUACUUCCAGUAUAUGCAGUGAUUCUCAAAGUUUUAGCUCUAAUUUUGCUGAAAAUGUCAUUAGAGCUGGGAGAAGAACACAACAUGAACGAGAUAAGCAUUUUCUUCUGUGAUCCUGGUGGAGGAGAUAUUAAUACCAGUAUUUUGUCCAAGGAAGACGGAUCUUGUUCUAGCGCUAGCUACCUUCAACCUAUAAAUGCAUUGGUCUUUUAUGUUUCGAAGAAGAUCUUUUCAGCAGAGUCUUUAAAGGAUCUUUCUGCGAUACUCAUUAGUCUUAAACCUAUGUUUGAAACUCCAUGGGAAGUUCCAUGGAUAGAACCAACUAUUCUAUCAUUCAUCUUGGCGGCUAUACAUAAAACCGAUUACUAUAUGCUUGAAAAUUUGCACAAGAUUCAAGUUGCAGUAAUCUCAUCCAUUGCUAAGAAACAUUUUGGCACCAUAAGCAUAAUGAGACCAACUGGACAAGAAUAUGAGAAUUUCCUAUACUUUGGCCAAGUUGAUAACUUAAGGGUGGAGCUAGUACAUUCUACCAGAGAAAUUAGUGGAACUAGUUUUAUUCAUCAUCAUGUAGGGGACACUUAUGGUACAUCAAUUAGUGAGGUUCUUCAAAAAUAAUUAGUCAUCAUAAUAGCUACUUAUGAUUUGGUGGUAGCAUUCUUGGUUAUACUUCUGCUGCAUAUAAAAUGUGUUUUAGCAUUAAGAGUCGACGGAGCAUUGAUGAGAAAUGGAGCCUAUAGAGGAAUUUUAGUUUCUACCAAUGGGAAGUUUUCAAAGUCGAGCACAUUGUGGGUAUUGAUUUAGUUCUCCAUUUCUGGAUUUUCAUUUCCAACCUUGAGGACAAGGUUGAUUUAAAGGAGGGUGGAAUGUCACGUUCUGGGCCUUUAGGAACUUUAAGUAUUUGCACAAUAUUCCUUUAAGAAUUAGAAUUAUAAGUGGACUCCUUUUAUUAGUC